AUGCUUCGUCGUGCGGUGUUGGGACUAGGCACCAAGAGAUUUCUGAGUAAAGCUAGAAAUGAUAUUCCAGUAACCAGAACGUCAGUACUCGCCAAUGGGCUGACAGUGGCCUCCGAAAGCAUGCCGGAGAUGUCGAGCGCAACGGUGGGUAUUUUUGUGGAUGCUGGCUCUAGAGCAGAAAACGCACAAAACAACGGCACGGCACAUUUCCUAGAACACCUUGCUUUCAAAGGCACCCAGAAUAGAACACAGACAGGAAUCGAACUUGAAAUCGAGAACAUCGGCUCUCACUUGAAUGCAUACACAUCAAGGGAAAACACAGUGUACUAUGCCAAAAGCUUGGAGGAGGACAUACCCAAGGCUGUUGACAUACUGAGCGAUAUCCUAACGAGGUCAGUCCUUGACCCAAAAGCGAUCGAAAGGGAAAGAGACGUGAUUAUAAGGGAGAGUGAAGAAGUUGACAAGAUGUACGAUGAAGUAGUGUUCGACCAUCUUCAUGAAAUCGCCUAUAAGGGCCAACCACUGGGCAGGACCAUCUUGGGACCUAUCAAAAAUAUCAAAUCAAUAACCAGGAAAAACUUGAAGGACUAUAUUUCGAGAAACUACAGGGGUGAUAGAAUGGUUCUAGCUGGUGCUGGAGCAGUAGACCAUGAAAAGUUGGUUCAAUACGCUCAAAAGUACUUUGGACACAUUCCAAAAGCGGAGUUUCCAGUACCGUUGGGAUCGCCUCGUGGCCCUUUACCUGUAUUCAAUAGAGGUGAAAGACUGAUACAAGAGAACACUUUGCCAACAACACACAUUGCCAUCGCCUUGGAAGGCGUAUCUUGGUCCGCACCCGAUUAUUUCGUGGCAUUAGCCGCACAGGCUAUCGUUGGUAAUUGGGAUAGGGCCCUGGGAACGGGAACAAACUCCCCAUCAACUUUGGCUGUUGAAGCUUCCAAUAAUGGCACUUUGGCGAAUUCUUACAUGUCUUUUUCAACUUCUUAUGCGGACACCGGGUUAUGGGGAAUGUAUAUCGUACUUGAUUCGGCUCAACAUGACGCUAGAAAAAUCAUUGAUGCUAUAACACGGGAAUGGCGCAGAAUUAUGUCUGGAAAUAUUUCAGAUGGUGAAGUCAACAGAUCAAAGGCACAGUUGAAAGCAGCUUUGUUGCUGUCAUUGGAUGGAUCUACAGCAAUUGUUGAAGAUAUGGGAAGGCAAAUCGUUACUACUGGUAAACGUCUCUCCCCUGAAGAGGUUUUUGAGAAAGUAGACAAGAUCACAAAGGAAGAUAUAGUUAUGUGGGCAAACUAUAGGCUUAAAGACAAACCUAUUUCGAUUGCAGCUCUUGGAAACAUGACAACUGUUCCGAGUGUUGCAUACAUAGAAAAAGGUUUAAAUCUUUAA